AGUUAUUUGAUUUCAGCGUACAAGUCCUAUUUUCAAAGCAUGCCUCAACCAAAAUAUAGAAAGAUCGCAGUUUUGGGGUACCGGUCAGUUGGAAAGUCCUCUCUCACUAUUCAGUUCGUGGAAGGGCAGUUUGUAGAUGCAUACGAUCCUACAAUUGAAAACACUUUUAAUAAAAUGGUGUCUGUGAAUGGACAAGACUUUAAUCUUCAGCUGGUUGACACUGCUGGACAGGAUGAGUACUCAAUUUUCCCACAGUCUCAUUCAAUGGACAUUCACGGUUAUGUUCUGGUGUACUCUGUCACCUCAAUGAAAAGCUUUGAAGUGGUUCAGGUUCUGCAUGACAAACUGCUUGACAUGGUUGGAAAAAUACAGGUGCCUACUGUUUUGGUUGGAAAUAAAAAAGACCUUCACAUGGAAAGAGUUAUUAAACCAGAAGAAGGCAAGAAGUUAGCUGACUCUUGGGGAGCUGCCUUUAUGGAAUCAUCUGCUAAGGAAAACCAGACAGCUGUAGACGUUUUUAAGCGGAUUAUUUUGGAAAUGGAGAAAGCGGACGGAAAUGCCCCACCUGAGGAGAAGAAAUGUUGCGUGAUGUAGAUGCUGCUCUCUUUCAGAAACACACAGCAAGCUUCCUGGCCAAAGUUAAGAGUGACAUCAUCACCAGUCAGCACGAUGCAGUGUGGUGGUGGGACUGCCGUUCUAACACUCUACCCACUCCUCACAGUAGACGGGAAGAUUUAUAUAUGAAUUUAUAUAAAAUUGAGAAAAGCACCAAGAAUGGUAGGCUGUCCCAG